UGGCGGGCUGGACCGGCCGAGGAUCGCGCAGCCCAGAGACCGGGAGGAGAGUAGCAGCCCGCCCGCCCCCAGUUGCAGCUCCAUCAGGGCCCUCCCCCUGCGGCGCGCUCCCGCGCGCGCACAGACUUGCACACUGUACCUCCGCUCCCGCCGGGCCUCGCCUGCCCCGCCAGUGCCGAACCCCCCUGGGGCCGGAUGCCAUGGGGAACAACUUCUCCAGUAUCCCCUCUCUACCCCGAGGAAACCCGAGCCGGGCGCCACGGGGCCACCCCCAAAACCUCAAAGAUUCCAUCGGAGGCUCCUUCCCCGCCACCUCUCACCGAUGCCAUCACAAGCAGAAGCACUGCCCCCCGGUGCUGUCGGGCGGGGGGCUCCCCGCUACGCCUCUGCUCUUCCACCCACACACCAAGGGCUCCCAGAUCCUCAUGGACCUCAGCCACAAGGCGGUCAAGAGGCAGGCCAGCUUCUGCAACGCCAUCACCUUCAGUAACCGGCCGGUUCUCAUCUACGAGCAAGUCAGGUUGAAGAUCACCAAGAAACAGUGCUGCUGGAGCGGGGCGCUGCGCCUGGGCUUCACGAGCAAGGACCCGUCCCGCAUCCACCCCGACUCGCUGCCCAAGUACGCCUGCCCCGACUUGGUGUCCCAGAGCGGCUUCUGGGCCAAGGCGCUGCCCGAAGAGUUUGCCAACGAGGGUAACAUCAUUGCCUUCUGGGUGGACAAGAAGGGCCGUGUGUUCUACCGCAUCAACGACUCGGCGGCCAUGCUCUUCUUCAACGGGGUCCGCACGGCAGACCCGCUCUGGGCCCUGGUGGACGUCUACGGCCUCACGCGGGGCGUGCAGCUGCUCGACAGCGAGCUGGUGCUGCCAGACUGCCUGCGGCCACGCUCCUUCACCGCCCUGAGGCGGCCGUCCCUGCGGCGCGAGGCCGACGAGGCGCGCCUCUCCGUGAGCCUGUGCGACCUCAACGUGCCCGGCGCCGACGUGGACGAGGCCCUGCCGGCCGCCGGCUGCCCCAUCCCGCAGAACUCGCUCAACUCGCAGCACAGCCGCGCGCUACCCGCGCAGCUCGACGGCGACCUGCGCUUCCACGCGCUGCGCGCCGGCGCGCACGUCCGCAUCCUGGACGAGCAGACGGUGGCGCGCCUGGAGCACGGGCGCGACGAGCGCGCGCUCGUCUUCACCAGCCGGCCCGUGCGCGUGGCCGAGACCAUUUUCGUCAAGGUCACGCGCUCCGGUGGCGGCGCGCGGCCGGGCGCGCUCUCCUUUGGCGUCACGACGUGCGACCCCGGCACGCUGCGGCCGUCGGACCUGCCCUUCAGCCCCGAGGCCCUGGUGGACCGCAAGGAGUUCUGGGCCGUGUGUCGCGUGCCCGGGCCCCUGCACAGCGGCGACAUCCUGGGCCUCGUGGUCAACGCGGAAGGCGAGCUGCACCUCAGCCAUAACGGAGCGGCCGCUGGCAUGCAGCUGUGCGUGGACUCCUCACAGCCGCUCUGGAUGCUCUUCGGCCUUCACGGAGCCAUCACGCAGAUCCGCCUUCUCGGUUCCACCAUCCUGGCAGAGCGGGGCAUCCCAUCACUGCCCUGCUCCCCUGCCUCCACACCAACCUCACCCAGUGCCCUGGGCAGCCGCCUCUCUGACCCCUUGCUCAGCACGUGCAGCUCUGGACCUCUGGGUGGCUCGGCCGGCGGGACAGCCCCCAACUCACCCGUGAGCCUGCCCGAAUCGCCAGUGACCCCAGGCACAGGCCAGUGGAGCGAUGAGUGCACCAUUUGCUAUGAGCACGCAGUGGACACGGUCAUCUACACGUGCGGCCACAUGUGCGUCUGCUAUGCCUGCGGUCUGCGCCUCAAGAAGGCUCUCCAUGCCUGCUGCCCCAUCUGCCGCCGCCCCAUCAAGGACAUCAUCAAGACCUACCGCAGCUCCUAGCCCGCCGGGCACCCGCCUCUGCGGACCUUAGCCCAGGGACAAGCCCACAGGGCCCCUUCUCUUCUUCCUUGUUUGGAAACUCUUUUCCCUUCUCCAUUAAACAUGGGAAACUGGCCCCUGAUGGUUCGGGGAGGAAGAGGGAGCAGGCAGGGAGGCGGGCAGAAGCAAAUCGCCUGGCAGAGGGGAGGGGAGUUGUUCACCUUCUUUUCCUGCAUGCCGAGGAGCCAGACUGGGGGCUCAGUGCCCUAAGCCUUCCCCAUCUUGGGCAGAUUUCUAGGAGGCCCCUCUUGCCAAUGUGUCCCUUGCUUUGGGCAGACGUGACUGUGAGCCAGGACAGGUGACUUGGCCAGUAGCGUUAGACUGGACUUUGGCCUCUUUUGCUCACUCAGCAGGCAGCGCCUUAUCCAGACCUGUACCCACUUCCUGUCCUCCCCGCCCCUUGUUGAUGGCAGCCAGGGGUGGACCAGUGUGUGCCUCCCACCGGCGCCGUGGCAGCCUUCGUGCCAUGCCCGCUCCUGCUCCUGUGGACAGCAGGCUGCUGAGGUCCAGGUUCGGGGCCCCUGGCCCCCUGCCCUGCCUGAGAAGUGGAGGCCCCCUUCCUGGGUCGCCUUUCUGCUCCCGUCAUCUCAAUGAGUGCUGCCGCCCAGGGCCAAGUGUGGGCAGCUUGUCCCUGGAGUGGUUGCAGAGCGUGGUCCACCUCGUGUCAGGUCUCAAGACAGGUUUGCAUCUACUUCCUGUGACCUGUCUUCCCACAUCUCAGUUUGUCCUGGGUGUGGCUGGUGCUUGGAGCCUGGAGCAUCCCCAGGAGAGGCCGGGGCUCUGAGGGGUGGGGACACCUCCUGUGGGAGAUCAGCUUUUCCCUUUAAUUUAUUUAUUUAUUUGGAGUUUUUGUUUGUUUUCUGUAUUUGUGUGGGUGAGUUCCUAUCCUCCGGGCCCUAGAAAUGUUGCCCUUGUAUGUGGGAAGAAGGCAGGUGGCCAAGGUGGUUACCACUCAGACGCCCUGGACUCCAGCCAGGGCCCAUAGCUCUGCUUACCGUGAACAGGAGCUCCAUAAAAAGGGGCUGGACUGAAGGGCCUCCUGGUAAAUUAUGCCUGUCUUCUAGGAAAGCAGGCCACGCCUCCAUCAUGCCCCGGGCUGGUGGGUCACACAGAGCCAGAGUGCCCUUUGUGGGCCACAGCAGGGUGUCAUUGCUGACUCAGAGACAUCGGGAGGCUCUGGAGCUCCCCCUUCCCUGAGGACUUAGUAAGUUCUGGGAAGGCUGAAGGAGGGGAGCCCAGCUUUGAUCGGAAAUAGGGCUGGAGGAGUCUGCUCUCAGGAAAGACUCUACCGCCUCCUGGGGUCUCCUGUGGGAGCUGAGGGAGAUGGGGCAGGUGGUGUCCCCUAUUCAGUCAGGGGUCCCAUCUUGGAGGCCAAGAAAUGUACGACACUACCAGGAACGAUGGGACGGGAAAGAGCUGGCUUCUUUAUUCUGGUUUUAGGUGAGGGGCCCCUUAGCUGCUCUGAGGCCAUAGUCCCCAUAGUAUACCCUAGACCCUAUACUGACUGGUGUGGGCAGCGGCAGCUCUGAUCUGGGUCGUGUCCCCCAUUCCCCAAACUCCCAGACGCCUGGCCCCAGACAGCUUUGUAUCUCCAUCAGAGACCCUCUGCCACUGGCAGAGCAGGGGCUCUAGACUGGCCCCUGGGCAGGGGCGUGGGCCUUGCCAGGUCACAGUCCCUCUGGGCCUCAGCUGUCACCUCUGUAAAGGGGACUGUGGGAGGGGCUUUCUGUGUGGUUCAGGAGCCCUUUGUUGAGGGCCGCUGUGGGCGGGGCCUGUUUGUCCUGCCUUGAGGUGCGCUUUUGGGGUUACGGGCCACUAUGGGUCUCUGCUCCCCAGUCGCUGACCCUGGAGUCCUAUUCUGUGGGCGUGGGUGAUAGGGAGGGUGGUGGCGCCAUUCACUGAGGGGCCCCAUCUCAGAGACAAAGAAAAGUCUUGAUUUCUUUGUGGCUUCAUGGCUUACAGGGAGAGGAAGCCUCUGUCCAUUGUGUCUCUGUUAGUGUGGGGGCAGCUGCUGCCUCCUUUGUGAACUUGGGCCGCUGUGAUUGUGAAUAAAGGUGAUUUCGU